AUGCCUCUGAAGCAGAGGAGAAGCAAGGCGAGCUCCCAGUCCUCUGCAGUGGUGGACGGACUCUCCACGAAGGACAUGUCCAAGGACCAGCUGUGGGAGCAGGCCAUCCUGCUGCAGGAGGAGCUGGCUCGAGUCCGUGAGGAGAAGACCAACUUCAAGCUGGAGCGGGAUAAGAACUUGGACUUAUGGGAGAUCAGCAAGAAGAGUUUAGAGGGGGCGGAGGUCCAGCUGAGGAACAAGGGAUGGGAGAAGGAGGAGGCUAAGAAGCACCAUUGCCAGGAGACCUCCACCUGCGAGAAAAAACGGAAACACGUCCAGCUGGAGCAGCACGACGCCGUCACCAAGCUGAAGCUGGACAUGGCGACUGAAGCCUCCGGGUUCCAGAAUCAACACAACGAGUCCGAGUUGGAACUCCGCAGACACAUUCAAGACCUGAAGACGGAGCGCAGGGAGAAGAUGUCUCACAACAAAAUGCGGCUUAGUGCCUGCCACGUUAACCAAGAAAACGCCGAGAAAACUCAUAGGCAGGCACAAAGAAUAAUGGAGCUGAACAAGGGGUACGAGCACCAGAUGCAAGAGAUGGGGAAAAUAUCCAAUGAGCGAAUGUGUUCUCUGAUUACAAUGGAGGAGAAGAAGACGAGGGAGGAGCUGGAGGAGGUGGAUGAGAGGAUGAGGCUUCGUGUAUUGGAGGUGAAGAAGGAGAACGACCAAAAGCUGCAGGAUGUCUAUGAAUAUCAGACCAUGGUGAUGAAAGUCUCUAAGCUGAAGGAAGAAGAGCAGCAGGUGCAGAAGGACAACGAGAGACUAGACAGGAAGCUGAGCGCUGCCAGGCAGGAGCGCAAAAGACUGACUGAUUGUGUGAGAGACUUACAACUCAAAGGCCCCGAGCUGCAAAAACAACUGCAACAACUCCAGGCUGAAGAUGCUAGGAGUCGAGCUCAUGGAAAGUCUAUCAACAAGGAGAUCAGAGAUCGGACAGUGAAGAAUGAACUGCUGCGGCAGGCCGUCGAAAAGGUGCAGCUGGAGUGUGAUGAGCUGCUCAGGUCUCAGCAGUCUCAGAUGUUAGAGCUUCAGGAACGCCGCACUCUGAAGGAGAUGCUGCUAAACAACAAGAUCUCCUGUCUCACACACACACUGCAGCGGCUGCAGAUGGACCUGAGAGAAGCGGCAGGAGCAGCAGCAGCAAGAGGAGGAACAGUUCCAGAGAAUCUUUAG